AUGUUGCUGUCAAAGCUGGCCUCAUUUCGGUCCUCAUUGAGCGUUGCGGCAAAGAAUGGGCUAUGUCGCUGGACACAACCAACAUUGAGAUUAGGCUCUACUACCGUCAGAACAUUUACUAAAGAAGUUCAGGACAAGAAGGUAGGCUAUUGGCUGCUGGGAUGCGCGGGUAUGGUCUAUGGAGCGGUGGCACUAGGAGGCGUAACCAGAUUAACGGAAUCAGGGCUAUCAAUGGUUAACUGGGAUUUGUUUCGUACGAUGAAGCCUCCAUUCAACCAGGCGGAGUGGGAAGCCGAAUUCGCACGCUACAAGCAAUUUCCCGAAUAUAAAUACAAGAGUUCUUCCGAAGAAAUGACGCUCAGCCAAUUUAAAUUCAUUUGGACAAUGGAGUAUCUUCAUCGGAUGUGGGGUCGUGCCAUUGGGCUUGCCUUUUUCAUUCCGGCCGGAUAUUUCUGGGCCAGGGGGCGCUUUACAACGACGGGAAUGAAGGUCCGGAUGGCUGCUUGCGGCGCUCUACUUCUGGCUCAGGGUGGCGUCGGGUGGUGGAUGGUGAAAUCGGGCUUGGACCCGUCCAAAAAUUCCGACACUUCAGUGCCAAGGGUUUCACAGUAUCGCCUGGCCACGCAUUUAUCCCUCGCCUUUGUGCUGUAUUCGCUGUUCUUGUGGAAUGGACUGCGGCAGGUUUUGCCGAAUUCCAACGUAGCUCCGGUUGCUGGAAUUGGGAAGCUCAAGGGAAUCGCGCAUUCGGCAAAAGGUGUCAUGUUCUUGACGGCGAUUAUGGGCGCAUUCGUUGCUGGCCUUGACGCGGGCCUAGUCUAUAAUUCUUGGCCAAAGUUUGCCGACAGCUGGAUACCUCCAAACUUGAUGACCCGAAGCCCGGCUUGGAAGAACUUUUUCGAAAACGACGUCACCGUGCAGUUUAUUCACCGCAAUUUGGCAUAUUUGACGCUAUUUUCCAUCUCAUUGACAUGGCUUGUUGGCCGCCGGAUGAACCUGCCUAAAAGAGCCAAAUUGGCCCUUCACGCAUCGCUUGGAAUGGCUUACACGCAAGCGCUUCUCGGAAUUUCGACUCUGGUCCACUUCGUACCCAUUUGGCUAGCCGCUCUCCAUCAAAGCGGCUCCAUGGCCCUCAUCACCGCCGUCCUUUGGCUGGGCACAGAAUUGAAGCGGAUACCCAAA